AAGUCUAACGCGACUCACUCGACUCAUCCAUUUCGGACAAUCAGAAAGAAAAUCUUGAAAAAGAUAGAAAAAAAAGAAAAGGAGAGAAAAAAUGGCGACUACUGAUGAUAACACCUCCGCCGCUGCUACUGUUACUAAAUCCCCCAAAAAGACUAAUCUGUUGGAUCCUCAUUCUAUCAAACAUGUUCUUGAUGAAACUGUCAAUGAGAUCGUACUUGCUCGUGGAUACAAAGAGGAUAACACGAUGAGCAAUAUUAGAUUGUUUUUGGGAACUAUUAUCAUUGCUGUUGCUCUUGUUGCUCAAUUUUACCCUAAGAAGUUUCCUGAGAACAAAGAUUUCCUCAUCUGUUGCAUCGUAUUAUAUAUUUUUUUGAAUAUAGUGUUGCAGGUGAUCAUUUACACUAAGGAGAAAGAUGCAAUUCUGUUUACUUAUCCUCUCCCCGGAUCCUUCAAAAGCACUGGCUUAGUGGUGUCUUCCAAACUACCGAGGUUCUCGGACAUGUACACUCUAUCAGUAGCCAGCGCAGACCCCAAAUCUGCCUCUGCUAAGAAACCAGUCGAGCUUACCAAGAGUGUUACUCAAUGGUUCACCACGGAGGGAGUUUUAGUGGAAGGUCGCUUUAAGAAAGACGUUGAGGGACUAAUCAACAAGUAUUCUGGAGAAUCUAAAAAGAAGAAGUGAUGUACACCAGCUUCUGAAUUUUAAGUUCUUCUCUAUUAGGACACAUGAAACACAAAAUUUAGACAGCAAACGAGUUUAAAGUGGCAAAACCGCCUAGCUGAGUGACUGUUGUUGCGUACUUAGAUGGCAUUUUGUAAUGCAAUCAGGUAGUAUUCAACAACAAGAAGAUAAAGUAGAUUGUUUUAGUUUAUCAUGUUAUACAUUUUGCAUUAGUUCCUUUUGUCCAAAUAUUGUGCACUUUGAGUGCCAAUUUAGGCUCCAA